CUAAUUCAUCCGGAUCGUGCAUGCCAUCGUCUGUUUGACUGCGAGAUCGGCGCGAGUUAACGGAAGGGAACGGGAUCGUCCGACGAUGGAGGACUCGAUGGCUGGGCGGCAGAAAGCGAGAGCGGCGGCAUCGGCGAAAGCCAGCGGAAUGCACAAGCGACUGCGGGUUGUAGGAAGAAGACGAGGGCGAGGAGAUCGGAGUAGCAACGACCUGGAGCAGUGCGUGGAGCUGGUGGCUAUGGCGAUUCUCGCGCUGAGUCUGUUCCCAGCUGGUAGCGCCUAUGGCGAGCGGGAGUUCCUUGCGGCGUACAAAGAUCCGACAGUAAGUCGGCACGAGGUGAUGGGCGACGUGAUUCUCUUGGCCUCGCUCCCUGUAUUGAGUCGCGAUUUGACGCUUGUGGGAGUGAAGGGUAGACAGGGCAAGCUGCCUGUCAUAGACGGACAGUCGAGAUACACCGGGAUUAAUCUGACGGAUCCGGCGAGAGGAGAAUGGAGGGUGACGUUGACGAACCUCGAAUUCAGAAACCUCCGAUCGAAUGAUCUUUCCGGAGGUGCCGCGGUUUACGUCCAAGUUCGGACGAGAUUGCAGAUUGACGGAUGCGUGUUCCGAGGGAACAAGGCGGUGAUCGGCGGCGGCGGAGCCAUCACCGUCGACGAGGAGAGCAGCUACCGGAUCACCAACUGCCUUUUCGACGGCAAUCAAGCCCAAGGGCGAGGGGGCGCUUUCGUGCCCUAUACGGAUGCGGGUGGUGUGAUCAACAGGACGACCUUCAAGAACAACUACGCCAACGAGAGAGGAGGGGCGAUCAGCGUGAAUCCAGGGGAGCUGCGGAUCGACCGCUGCACGUUCCAAGGCAACAAGGAGAACGGAGGAGGAGGAGGAGGGGCUGUCGACUGCUUCGACGGCACUUGUAUCGUCUACAACACCCUUUUCUCCCGCAACGUUGCGAAAGGGAAGGGCGGAGGGCUGAAUGCCAUAGAAAGCGACGUAGGAGGGGGAAGCCUUUGCCGUGGAAAUACCUUCUCGGGCAACAAAGCUGCCGCUGACGCAAGGUCCAACAACGUCUACGUCCAAGUCGCCGAUGACACGGAGCCAGUGUUUAAGUUCUGCGAUCGUACGGCUCCUGCCGAUACUCUGAUCAACGCCCCCCCGGGAUCCGUCGUCCUCAACGACUGCGGUUAUUGCUGAAGAAUACUCCACGUGUGACAUGCAUGCAUGCAUGCAUGCAAAGCAUGCAUGCGUGCACAAUCAGGCAGCUCCCUGAUCGGCAAAUUGAGAGGGAAACUGUGAGAUUGUGCAGUGUCUUCAGAAAGAUACGAGAUUGUAGGUCUACCUUCUUUCCCCGAAUACAACGUACGGUUAUAAUUAUAGCUGUAUUUAGAGUGAAAGAUAUCCUGGACAGUGGACACAGCUAUAAUGACCGUAAGGUGUGUUCGUGGGAAGAUAUUCUCCUGAUGGAGUAUCGCGACAUUCCCAUUUUGUGGACUAUCGUCUUCCCCCGAACAUAACGCAUGUGUUGGGUGGGGAUUGGUGACUCGAAUAGAGCGCAUAUGCGUUGCACUCGAAUGUUCCGGCUGUUCGAAGAGAAAACAUACACGUUGUAUACGUUAUCCUCAAGGGAAGAUGGUAGGGAUAGGACUCUCCGCGGGAAGGUGCACACGUGCACUCUUGGCUGCUAUUCUGUGGGGUCCUGAGUGCGUCCAGUGGGUCCGGCCGGCUACCGUCUUGGCUCGAAUAGCACGCCCGGUAAUUAUCGCCGUAUCUGGAUUGAAAGUUGCACCAAAUACAGCUGUAAUGACCGGGCGUUAUAUUCGGGUGAAGGGGAAGUUGUAGACCCACAGUACGAGGCUCAGCGUACUCCAAGGCUCCAAGCAGAUAUGACGCAUAUAUGGGGCCUCGCUCCCACUAAACAACACUCUAUAUGCAUCUGGACCAUGUGAUCGUCCAGAUCCUUAAUAAUGUUGGGCUGUUCAGAAUGCACCUGGUCAGGAAAGCGUGCAUCCAAAUGCAUUUAAAUGUUGAGUAGUGGAGCCAAGCCCAUGGUGUUCACCGUGGCUGCUGCACAAGUAGAAGCGUACUCUACUACUCGAACAGUAAGAGCGUAGUCUACUGCACGCCGUAGCAAUACCUAUCUGACCACAAUUACGUCCAGAAAUCAGCAGAAAAGUCCUUAUGGGAGUAUGCCCGGAGAGCAUACUCACGCUACCAGUUUCCUAGUUUUAUGUGACGCCAAUUACGGCGUCUUCUGCAUGUAUCUGUCUGCACUUAUGUCCUAAAACAGAUCCUGUCCAUGUCCUAAGUUCUUUCUUUCUUUUUUUUUUUCUUUUUUUUUUUUAAUAAAGUAAUCACCCAAUU